GUUGGUUAACUUGGGCAACGACCAAACAUGGGAACAACAUGUGGUUAUGGAGGAGGCAUGGCUUGUGCCCUAAAUGCUAAUUUUUAUGGAAAUGGAACCCAAACUUUGGUCCUAUCUCACGGAUUUGGCACAGACCAAACAGUGUGGCAUUAUCUUAUUCCCUUCCUUGCAUGCUACUUCAAGGUGUUGGUUUUCGAUCUGGCUUUCACCCCAAAUGUAAAUUCCACCCUUUAUGAUUCAAAAAAGUACUCAAAUUUCGAUGGAUAUGCUCAUGACUUGGUGAGUCUUCUUGAUGAGCUCAAUUUGAAUAAAACUAUAUACGUGGGUCACUCUAUGUCAGCCAUGAUUGGAUGCAUAGCUGCAACAAGGAAACCACAACUCUUUGAACAUCUAGUCCUAUUGGGUGGUUCUCCAAGAUACCAGAAUGAAGAAGGAUACGAAGGAGGGUUCAAUGAGCCAAAAUUAGACGAAAUCUUUGAAUCAAUAAGCAAAAACUUUUCUAAAUGGGCUCAUAGCUUUGCUCCAGAUGCUGUUGGUGUCAACAAUCCUUCCGCGGUUUCUGAAUUUGAACACAGUCUACUAAGAAUGAACCCAAGUAUUGCAUUAGAAGUUGCUAAAACAAUAUUUUUAAGUGAUCUCAGAACGAUUCUGCCACAAGUUCAUGUGCCUUGCACGAUAAUUCAGACCAAAAACGACACAAUUGUUCCCGUAUCUGUUGCUUCUUACAUGAAGAAAAAUUUGGGUACUCAUUCCGAAGUCAAAAUUCUACAAACACAAGGCCAUUUUCCUCAGCUUACAGCUUAUUGUUUGUUGUUGAAAGUUCUUAGGGAUUCAUUGUUUGUGAAGUGA